GUGACGUCCUUUCCUGGAACGAAUGGUUUGGGGUUAGCUAGCUGAUUAGCUAGCCAUGUCCCUAUAGUUGUUCAUUAAAUACAAUAUUUAUCAUUUGGAGCUCAAAAUCGCCGAUCUACCACAGCAGUAUAGAAAAAGAGACUGAGCCACAAAGGGACCAUGGAAGAGCCAGGAGCCACAGAGGUGACUGUGAAAACACUGGACUCUCAGAGUAGGACCUUUACUGUCAGGGGAGAGUGGACUGUGAAGGAGUUUAAAGAGUACAUUGCUUCCUCAGUUGAAAUCCCAGUGAAUAAGCAGAGGUUGAUCUACCAGGGUAAAGUGUUGCAAGAUGAAAGGACUCUCACAGAAUACAACGUUGAUGGAAAAGUCAUUCAUCUUGUGGAACGAGCGCCUCCCCAGAGCAGUCAGCCUGGGGGUGGAGGAAGUGGUGUUUCAGAUUCCUCUGGUGCAGCGGAUGGGGGAUCCACCUCAUCUCAGUCCUCCACUUUUACAGGGGCUCCACAUGACCGCAAUGCCAACAACUAUGUCAUGCUGGGCACAUUUAACCUGCCUGUGAACAUCAUGGAUCCACAGCAAAUUCAGAUGCAAGUGCAGCAGAUGCUGUCUGGUGUUGGAGAAACGGGGCGGAAUGUCAGGGUGAACACCAGCACGGGAGUGAGUGACCAACAAUUCAGAAACAGCAGCGGAUCUGUGGAUGUCCAUAUCAACGUGGACCAAUCAGCGCAGAGUGAACCCAGGAUGAGGCUCCAAAUGGCUGACAGCUUACUGCGAGAUACCCAGGCCUUAGUCCACAGACUUGAGGGUCCGUCAAGUGAAGCGUCACCUCAACAGGAUACACAGCCUCCUCAGUCUUCUUCAGCAUUCCCAGCUCAACAAAUGGACACCUCACCACCACCAUCCUCCUCAUCCUCCACAACACAGACAGAGGGACCAACUCACUCCGGACCCAAUCAGCCGAGCCCACUGGAGUUGGUGGAGGUUCUGUCAGAGGUGCGAAGGGUGGAAGAGCGACUCCGUCCCUUCAUGGAGAGAACUCACUCCAUCCUUGGAGCAGCCAGUUCUGCGGACUACAAUAACAAUACACAAGAACGUGAGGAAGAUCAACGCACUCUCAAUUUGAUUGGAGAAUCGCUUCAUCUCCUCGGCAACACCUUGUUGGCUCUUAGUGACCUUCGCUGCAAUUUAUCCGCUCAGCCACCCCGCUACUUACACGUGGUACGACCGAUGUCCCACUACACCUCUCCUCUUAUGAACUUUGGAACCACUGUCACCAUGACGUCCAAUGGCAGACAGACGAGUGAAAGUCAGGCACAGCCUUCUCAGCCCACUGGCCUAUCAGAGCAGCAGGGCCAGGCUCCUCCCCCUCCAUCCCCUGGAGCCAAUCAACAGACAGCCCAUGGUCAAGGGACUCCUAGAGUGAUCAGAAUUACUCACCAGACUAUAGAGCCUGUGGUCAUGAUGCAGAUGAAUCUGGAUGCAGAUUCAGACAGUGGAGCGCAACAGAACCCCAGCGCUGCUGGAGAGACUGGCACCACUGCGCCCCUCCACGUUCCAGGUUUACCACCAGAGUUCAUGCAGGCCAUCAUGCAUCAGAUCUCUCAGCAGGCUGUUGCCAUGACAACCUCAGCCUCUGCCAGGCAACAGGGGCAGCAGCAGGGCACUGCGGGCGCAGGUGCUCAGAGCAUGGUCCCUCCACCUCCUCAAGCCAGGGUGAUAAUCACACGACCCUCCUUAUCCCCACGCGUUCCCCAGUCCGCAGGCACCAGGGGGACUACCAUCAACGUGCGGGCAACAGUGCCCCCUUCAGCAGGACAACAGACUGGCCAAGGUAGUCCUGUGGCAUCCUCUCCUCUCACACAGAUGGUCAGUGGUUUGGUUGGGCAGCUUUUGAUGCCAUUGCACACCGGUGACCAGACAUCUACUACCUCCUCGUCCCAUUCCUUUACCUUCUCUGCCCCCCCAUCCUCUGCCAACACAUCUGCCCAGACUUCCACCCACACCACCAGUACAGCGUCUGUGGGUCAAUCCCAGGUGGGCAACACUGGGGAUAGCCUCGCACAGCUGCUGAGCUCUUUCCUGGGUGGAGCUGCAGGGGCCAAUGGAGGAGCUGCUCCUGGUGGAGGUGCUUCCUCUGUUACAGUGACUGUUCCGGGGGUCUCUGCCUUCAUUCAGGGCCUGUCUGAGUUUGUUCAGUCUGGACAGCCUGUGUUUCCUCCUCCAAACCACCAGCCUCCACCUGCACAAGCCACAACCACUGCCCCCUCAGCGGCUGCCUCCACCACUCCUCAGCCUCCUAGUGGAGGUGGGGAGACCAUCAGCCCUGAGCUUUUCACAGGCAUCGUGCAGGGAGUCCUUUCCACCAUGAUGGGCUCUCUUGGAGCCGGUCAGGGCAACACAGUGAGCAUCGCCCAGUUUGUCCAGAGACUCUCCCAAACCAGCAAUCUCUUCACACCUGGGACUGGAGAUGCAGUGGGUUUCUUUGGAGAUCUGCUUUCUCUGGUGUGUCAGAGCCUCUCUAUGGUGGACAUGGUUCUGCUCCUGCAUGGUAAUCCUCAGCCUCUGAGCCGCAUUCAACCUCGGCUCACAGCGUUCUUCACCGAGCACUAUCUGCAGGGCCGGGAACCCACAGACGCCAACAUAGCUAGUGCUGCCGAGGAUCUGAUCAAUGAACUAGAGGAGUAUAUCGCAGAGAGUUUUUCCAUAGUGACUGUUCGAGAAGGAGUGGACAUCAUCCAAACCAACACAUCUUUCCUGAGACAGCAGUUCACACGCAUGGCCACUCAUAUUCUGCGCUGCACAGAUAAUACGUUUGGACACCGUCUGCUGUACCUGUGCACUCAAGGUCUCUUUGAGUGUCUGGCUCUCAAUCUCUACUGCUUAAGAGGAGACCAAAGGGCUCUCACUGCUGUCGUCAACCAUCGCAUCAGGAGGAUGUCGGCAGAAGUGAACCCCAGUCUGGUAAACUGGUUGACCAGUAUGAUGUCCAUGAGGCUGCAUGUAAUUCUAGAGCACAAUCCAGUUACAGAAGACCAGAUCCAGCAUUAUGUUAUCUACAGACAGAGCGAGUCCUCUCAGAGAACAGAGUCAGAUGCACAAGAGCAGAACUCGAGUCUGGAGAUGGAGGAAGGUCUGUUUCCUGCUUCAGCUACCACUGCAGAAGAAGUCCUGGUCUCCUCAAGAGAUGCCGCCGAUCGUGAAGAACCACCACACAGGCCAGAGGAGACGCGAGGUGCAGUAGCCAUGACAUUGACAGAAAGGGAGGAGUCAGGAGAGGUGGAGCCAUGGGCUGCAACUGUUCCACCUGAAUGGGUGCCCAUCAUAAGACAUGAUAUGUUGACACAGAGGAAGAUGAAAGCACAGCCGCCUCUUUCUGACGCGUAUUUGCAUGGAAUGCCAGCCAAGAGGAGAAAGACAGCACAGGGAGAGGGUCCUCCCCUCUCUCUCGCCGAGGCCGUGAGCCGAGGUGCCCGGGCAGCAGGGGUGCGACCUGUAACUACCCCUGAUAACCUGCAGGGGGAGCUCGAGGCAUCAGAGAUACAAGAAGCAUACACACAACAGGUCAGGAGCGAUAUAAAGAAAAGACUGAGUGACGAUCCAGACUACAACCAACAGCAGUUUCCUAACACGCAUAGAGCUUUCUCUGAGGACUUCUGACCGACAGCUCAGUUCACACAUGUGGCUUGUCUUUGUGUUCGCAUGGAACAGCCAAUAACAUCUAACAUCUCAUGCUAUGGGGGAACCAGCUUUUGAAAUCUGCAUCAGACACAUUCCAACUCAUAUGUCAAGCCAUAUGUGUGGAUAGGGACUAAAUAUAGACAGCCUGUGAACUAGAGCAGCUACAGAUGAGCUGUAUCGCUCGGAAUAAACUAGUUCAACUGAUAAACACAGAAAUAGCUUCAAUAUUCUUAAUGUCUCUGCGUAUUGUAAAUGAGCUGUAUAUUGUUGUAAUAAGUUGUUUUAAUAUUGACAAUAGUAGCAAUUGUAUUGUAUUACAGGCUAAUAUUUGGUGAGAUAAAUGGGAUGCCAAGUUAGAUCCAAACAUGUUGAACAUGAAUGCUCACUUCUUUACUGAGGACUUGAAGUAUUUGAGCCAUAGUGAUGCAUAGCUGGUAUUAUUUCUUGCAUGCCAAACACAUCUUGUUGGCUGCUAUGUCCACGUUUCCCAUUAUUGUGGAUGUUGAAAUAAAAGUGUAGAAUUACUUUUUAAACGAA